ACCAUAUUCCUGUCGGACGCUGCAAUGGGCCCUUCCCAGCUCGGCCUCAGGAUGCUGGUAUAGCAGCAGGCACCUGCCAGCCAGAGGGCCUGCGCUGGGACGUCCUUUCCUGAUGGAUGCCCACGUGGACCUCCGGACAGAGCUGCAGCUGCUGGAUAAGGUGCCCACGCUGGAGAGGCUGCGGGCAGCCCAGAAGCGCCGGGCCCAGCAGCUGAAGAAGUGGGCCCAGUACGAGAAGGAGAUGCAGCACAAGAAGAGGAAGCAUGAAAAGAAGAGAAACGCUGUCAACAGGAAGAAAGUGUCUUUUGAAGCCAGCGUUGCUCUGCUGGAGGCUUCUCUGAGGAACGACUUGGAGGAAGUGUGUUACUUGCUGAAGAGCAAUGUCAGCCCGGAUCUGUGCAAUGAGGAUGGACUAACUGCACUGCAUCAGUGCUGCAUAGACAACUAUGAAGAGAUAGUCAAGCUUCUCCUCAACCACGGGGCCAAUGUCAAUGCGAAGGACAAUGAGCUGUGGACUCCGUUGCAUGCAGCAGCUACAUGUGGUCAUAUCAACUUGGUGAAGAUCCUCAUCCAACAUGGAGCAGACCUGUUGGCAGUAAAUGCAGAUGGCAACAUGCCAUAUGACCUCUGUGAAGAUGAGCCAACUCUGGAUGUCAUUGAGACUUGCAUGGCCUAUCAAGGAAUUACUCAGGAAAGGAUCAAUGAGAUGCGGGCUGCUCCAGAGCAGAUAAUGAUCUGUGACAUUCAUGACAUUCUUGCAACUGGACAAGACCUGAACAGGACUGAUGCCCAAGGUGCUACACUGUUGCAUAUAGCUGCAGCCAAUGGUUAUCUGCAUGCAGCUGAAGUCCUUCUUGACCAGGGGGCAAGCCUGGAUGUGAAGGACUGGGAUGGCUGGGAACCUCUUCAUGCUGCUGCUUUCUGGGGGCAGAUGCAGAUGGCUGAGUUGCUUGUGUCCCACGGGGCUAGUUUGAGUGCCAGGACAUCUUUGGAUGAGAUGCCAAUAGAUCUGUGUGAAGAGGAGGAGUUCAAGGUAUUGCUUCUGGAGUUGAAACACAAACACGAUGUGAUCAUGAAGUCUCAGAUGAGGCAUAAAUCCUCCUUGAGUAGAAGGACCUCCAGCACUGGCAGCAGGGGGAAGGUGGUGAGGAGGGCCAGCCUUUCGGACAGGACAAACCUCUACAGGAAGGAGUGUGAGAAAGAGGCCAUUGUCUGGCAGCAACUGGGGGCUGCAGAAGAAGGAAGAAAUUCAGGUCUCAUUGGAGAAAUCGGGGAGACACGGUCUGACCAGGAGAAUACAGACCCUAAUUCAGUGCUGGAGAACUCCUCCCUCCUUCCAGAGUUAGCAAACAAAAGCACCCAGUGUGACUCUGAAAUCCCCCUCCAGAAUGGACUCAUGGCAUCUGCCAGCACUUACCCCUACACCUUUUCCAACGGGGACAUCUGGAGCAUGCAGGCUGACCCGGAGAGCAACCCAGGCCACAUGCUGCCCUACAACAACCCCGGGCUCCCUGACACGCAGCAGUUCUGGGCUACCUACAAGGAGCACAACCACCAAACGCUGUCGGAACUGAAGCGGCAACGGGCGGCAGCCAAACUCCUCAACCACCCCUUCCUCAGCACCCACUUCAGCAGCGGCGUGGGAGGGGUUGCUGAGAACGGGGGUGAGGCCAAGUCGCAGCUCAUUGCAUCCAGGACUUCUCCCUACAGCUCCAAUGGGACCUCAGUGUAUUACACAGUGUCCAGUGGUGAUCCUCCCCUCUUGAAAUUCAAAGCUCCCAUGGAGGAAAUGGAAGAGAAGGUGCACGGGUGCUGCAGGAUUUCCUAGUCUCACCUGUUUCUCACCCCAGAGGAAACAAGACGAGUGUGGGCUGGUUGGAUCCAUAGCAGGGGCAAGGUUGUUUGCAUUCCAAAGGGAGAAUCUGGUUAUGGACAUCCUGACUGCAGUGGCCACGUUCAUCUUGAACUGUACUUUACCCUGCCAUUGACUUCCAUUGCAGCUGAAUGAGUGAUGCAGGUGGAGCAAGGCUCCCCAGGAGAGGAAGGGAUGCACACAGGGAUGGUGUAAAAAGAGUCGCCUUAGCCUUGCUCCCUGGGGAGGAAGGUAUGGAGCACUGCCUCCCCAGCCUUGGCAAGUCAUGAGAUGCCUUGCAAUGAAGUAAGGAUCUGAAUGAAAAUCUUUGCAUCUGAGCCUCUUGCUGUAAGUCACUAAGCUUCAGGAAGGUGACAGUUCAGACCUAAAUUCUCACUUGUGUGCAAUGCACACAUCCUGGAGGAGACAUCCACCCCCAGGUGGGGGGUUGUAAAAGUGGACAGAGCUGUUUUCCAUGCAGCUGGAUCCAGCACUAGCAGGGUCUGAGCAACAAGCAAGUGUAGGUGCUGUGCUUGCUUUAGGAAGUUUGCAAGGUGUUAUCUCCUUGCAGUGACAGCUCACCAUCACAAACUGUACUGGCUGGGUCCUGUUCUGCUCUCCUAGACUCGUCCCUGCAGACUGCCAUCAGGUUCCCAGCAGAACUUUUCCUGGAACAGACUUCACUCAACAGGCUUAAAACUGAUGUUGCAAUACGGGGCCCUGGCAAUAGAACUUCACUGCAAUAAAAUACUGACAAAGGUC